CCCCAGGGCAGAGCAGAGCGGGACAAUCCCCUCCCUGGCCCGGCCAUGCUGGGCCUGAUGCCCCCAGGACAGGGUUGUCCCUCCUGGCUGCCAGGGCCCUGCUGACUCCUGGCCAAGUGGGCACCUCCAGGACCCCCAGGGCCCUUUCCCAGCACUGCUCUCCAGCCUCUCAUUCCCACUCUGUCCCCACAUCUGGGUUGCCCCAUCCCAGGGGCAGAAUCCGGCACUGCCCCUUGCUGAACUUUCGUGGCUCUGCCGCCAACCCAUCCCGCCACCGCCGCAAAACACCCACCGGGGACCCCCAAAAUCCCCCUAAGGGGCAUUUGCGGCUCAGCUUUGGAGUCCUGUAAGAUCCAAACAUUCUCCCCCCUAUUCCCACCCCUCCGCCGAAAAAGAAACAAACACCAAAACCCCCAGCAAGAUAUUUGGGACGAGCUCCCCCUUCCCGAUCCCCCGCGAGAUGGGGCGGGGGGGACGAUCCCGUUCCCGUUCCCGCUCCGCCUUUCUCCCUGCCCUUCCUGCCGCCCCUCCUUCUCCUGCUGCAUCGCUGCGGCCGCGGAGCUCUCGGCAGGAUUUCUGCUUCCCAAAGCUUGGGCGGAUGGAGGAGGAGGCUGCGAGGAAGAGGAAGAUGCCUUGGGCCCCCCAGGCAGGCCCCGAGGUGAGGCCGGAGAGCGCGGAGGACAAAUCCCCCCGGCAGAGCCUGGUGGGAGAGGCCGUUUUGAAGGGCUCCCCGGCGCAGGAAGGCAGCGGGGAGGAAAAGGGCCGGAGAUGCCCCCGCAGGAGGGGCUGCAAAGCCAUCCCAGGGGGCUGUGAGGAGGAAAGAGCCAGCGUGUGCCGGGAAGGCGGCCGGAGCUUGAGGCGGAGCUGUGAGCUGGUGGUCCCUGAGCAGCCUCCCAGCAGGGAAAAGCCCUUCAGGUGCUUGGAAUGUGGGAAGAGCUUCAGCAAGAGCACCACCCUCCUCAGGCACCAGCACAUCCACACUGGGGAAUGGCCCUACACGUGUGGGGAGUGUGGGAAGAGCUUCAAACGAAACUCCCACCUGCUCCGACACCAGAUGAUCCACAGUGGGGAAAGGCCCUACACAUGUGAGGAAUGUGGGAAGAGCUUCACCAACAGCACCAACCUCCUCAGGCACCAGCACAUCCACAGUGGGGAACGGCCCUACAAGUGCUUGGAAUGUGGGAAGAGCUUCAGUACAAGCACCGACCUCCUCAGCCACCAGCACAUCCACACUGGGGAACUGCCCUACACAUGUAGGGAAUGUGGAAAGAGCUUCAACCGGAGAUCCACCCUCCACACCCACCGUCGCAUCCACACUGGGGAACGGCCCUACAAGUGCUUGGAAUGUGGGAAGAGCUUCAGCAACAGCACCAACCUCCUCAGCCACCAGCACAUCCACACCGGAGAGCAGCCCUACACAUGUAGGGAAUGUGGGAAGAGCUUCAGGAACAGCUCAGCCCUCUACACCCACCGUCGCAUCCACACUGGGGAGAGGCCCUACACAUGUGGGGAGUGUGGGAAGAGCUUCAGGUACAGCUCCACCCUCCACACCCACCAUCGCAUCCACACUGGGGAACGGCCCUACACAUGUGGGGAGUGUGGGAAGAGCUUCAGGGACAGCUCCACCCUCCACACCCACCGUCGCAUCCACACCGGAGAGAGGCCCCACAAGUGUGGGGAGUGUGGGAAGAGCUUCAUCCGGAGCUCUCACUUGACCUCCCACCAACAGACCCACCAGUAAUGGAAGCCCCGAGUGCCCCGACUGCGGGAAGAGCUUCGGCCGCUGCUCCAACUCCAUCAGCCAUCGGAGGACCCGCGUUGGAUGAUCCACAGGGACCCCCGUUGGGCACAGACCUGGUGACCAACAUUCCUGGUGACCCCUGUUUAGCAGAGACCUGGGGCUGGAAUAGAGUUCAAACCUGGAAGAAGAAGAAGGACUGGCACAUCUGAUGAGAAAGAGAAGACUCCAGUUCCCGGAUAACAUGAAGGUCAGGAUGGUCUCCCCAAAGAAAAACCCUGAGAGACACCUGGUGUGAAAGGAUGUACUGAGGAAUGGGGCCAGUGAAGGUCCCCCAGCCUUUCUUCACAACCAUCCUGCAGGGUGGGAAUAGGGAACCUUUUUGACCUCUGUGAUUUUUCUGUCAAGAAAGAAUAGAUGCCUGUCAUGCUACCCCAAAUUUAGCUUUGUGACUAAAGUAACUCAGAACUCCACCUAAACCUGGAAAAAUAGUCUGAAAAGAAGUCAAGGCUAAGGAGAAAUGGAAGGAAGAUUUGCAUCAAAAGUGCUGGAUGGGCUGAGGGGCUGAUCCUGCCUUCCCUUCCCCUUUCAGGUGGCUCAUGGGGUGAGAAAUUUAAAGUUCUGCACACUGAUUCCUUGCUUUUACACAACUAGAGUUUGCUUUCACUUCCCAGUGUUUUAGUAGAUUGCUGGU